AUGGGGCUACGUUCAGUUUUCUCGGCAAACGUCAUAAUUCAAGAAGUGGCCUCACCUUCACUAAGGGAACUAGAAACCGAAAUUGGGAAUGUACCAGCAGUAACAAGCAAUAUUGAUAAACUGCUUCUUCAUAGGGGACACAUUUUUGAAGAGCUCGUUGAAACUAUUAAAACUCAUCGUGAAAUGGACUUCAAUAAUAUGACAAUUGAAGUCAUACUACCAAAUGGAAGACCUGAAGCCGCUGAGGAUUUCGGCGGUGUCUUCAGAGACUCUCUUUCAGAAUUCUGGUCCAGUUUUUAUGAGAAAUGUACUGAAGGAACUGAUUAUAAAGUACCAAUCAUCCGACAUGAUUUUGGAGAGCAAGAAUGGAAAGCUAUAGCAACAAUUUUAAAAAUUGGUUUUUUAAAAGAAAAAUAUUUUCCUAUCAAACUUGCACCGACUUUUAUGUCUGAGUGUUUAGGAGAAACUUAUUUAGACGAAGAUAUUUUAAAUGACUUUCUGAAAUACUUAAAUCAAUUAGACAAAGAUAUGGUUACAUCUGCAUUGAAUAAUUUUGAGGAAGUUGAUAACGAUGAUCUAAUUACAUUAUGUGAUACUUUUAAGUCAAAAUGGAUACCGUCAAAAGAUAACUUCAGAAUGCUAAUACAAAGUAUUGCACAACAAGAGAUUAUUCAAAAACCGGCAUUUGUAUCCCAGUGUUUCAAAACUGAAUUGAUAGAAAUCUCAUCUCAGAUAAUAAACCUAAAAGAAAUUUAUAUAAAAUUGGAGCCAUCAGCUAAAAAUGUUAUCGCGGCACUGGAACUCUGUGAUAAUACGGAAAGCGCUUCAUGCAACACAGAAAACACAAAAAAAAUAUAUGGAUUUCUAGUUAAAUAUAUAAAAGAAUCUGAUGAAAAAAUCAGAAGUUCGUUUCUAAGAUUUUGCACUGGAUCAAAUCUGAUCACCAACAAAAUAAAGGUCGAAUUUAUUGAGAGUGAUGGAUUUGCUAGGGCUCCAAUUGGACACACUUGUACAAACCUUCUACAGCUGCCGAAUUCUUACGAAAACUAUGUGGUGUUCAGAAAAAACAAUCCAGCGCCCCCCAAAUGGCUGGAUUACUUCGAAGACAAGAAACACCGCAAUGUUAUGGAGCAAGUGCUUGGACUGAAACGGGACAACUUGGGGAGCUUCAAAUUCCAACAAAAUCAAAUGAGACGCCUUGAAGCAGCCAUGAAAAAGUAUAUCGACGCAAUCACUGCAACAUUGGAUCCUGCCGUACCAGAGUCGGAAACCUUUGGACAGGCCAAUGCAGGUAUUGCAACGCCAGCAUCAAUACCAUCAACAGAAACAGCAAAAAUUUCGGAGCAAUUAUCAACAUCCAGUGUACCUCAUCAUCAACCAGCGAGGAAAACUGGUCAGAAAAAAAAACAAUCCAGCGCCCCCCAAAUGGCUGGAUUACUUCGAAGACAAGAAACACCGGAAUGUUAUGGAGCAAGUGCUUGGACUGAAACGGGACAUCCUGGGGAGCUUCAAAUUCCAUCAAAAUCAAAUGAGACGCCAUGA